AUGAAUACAUUCACAAUUAUUACUCGUGUAAAUUUGUAAUACGAGUACAUGUUAACCUGCGGCAUCCCCCUAUCCAAAAAAAAAUGAUACGAAGUAUGAUUUAAUAAGUUGUUUACUUAUAUCAUUUACUAGUUUAAUCAUGAUAUUGUUACAAACUCAUAAUAUUUUCUAUUUCGAACCAAAAAAUCUCAAAGGAAAAUAGUUUUUCAUUUCAUUGGCAAAUCAAAACAACACAACUAGGCAAAUUCAAGGUCAUUCCUUUUCUUUUUCUUUGUUUCCCUUUAAUCUCAUUCCGUUUACCCCACUAAUUUCUUAACCCAUUCCCCCCAACAUUUAUAAACCCUUCUUCUUCGCAAAAAAAAAAAAAAAAAAAAAAAAAACCCAAAAUAAUAACCACUGCCACAUUCUCCACCGCCGGCCACCACCCCACCCUCCGGUGUAGGAGUGUGUGAACGGGAACAAGAUAUUUGGCAGUGAAGGUCUUUGAUUUUUUGAGUGUUAACGAAUUGGGGAAAAUCGCCUGAAUUACAUUUGGAUGGCUUGGAGGAGGGUCUGUGGCCGAAAGGUAACUUAUAUUGCAAGUCUAGCAAACUCUUUGGCUAUUCCAGCUCCUGGAGGUGCAUUGGUGUCAAGAUCUUACUCCAAGCAUGCUAUUAGGUCAAUCUUAGAAUCAGAGCUAUGGAUGCCAGGGUCAUUAAACAAGCUACAAUUUCUUGGUGGUCUCAAUCACAAAGCUUUGACUAGGCGGCCUUUAGUGCGGUGUAUCCAUGCAAGCCUCCAUUUAGUGGCUAAAAAAAACAAUGAGUCAUUUGGUUUGAAGACUACCAGGAGAGAAAAAUAUUAUGUGAAGAAGGACGGCAGGACACAACCUCCUGUUGAAGCCCCAUAUGUGCCUCAAUCAGUAAAAAAAAAUAUCAAACUUAUGCCAGAUAAGACAAUUGACAUUUUUGAAGGCAUGACAAUUGCUGAGCUUUCCAAGCGCACCGGGAAAAAAAUACAUUAUCUUCAGGAUAUCCUGAUAAAUGUUGGGGAGAAGGCUUGCUCAGAGUUUGACUCCCUUAGCAUUGAUGUUGCUGAACUGGUUGCUAUGGAAGUUGGUGUUCACGUGAGGAGACUACACUCAAAUGAAGGUUCAGAAAUCUUGCCAAGGCCCCCUGUUGUGACAGUAAUGGGUCAUGUUGAUCAUGGUAAAACUUCCCUUUUGGAUGCAUUACGCCAAACAUCCCUGGCAGCCAAAGAAGCUGGUGGUAUAACUCAACAUGUCGGUGCCUUUGUUGUGAGCAUGCAGUCAGGGGCUUUCAUAACAUUUCUCGAUACACCAGGCCAUGCUGCUUUCAGUGCUAUGCGAGCUAGAGGUGCUGCAGUCACUGAUAUAGUUGUCUUGGUGGUAGCUGCUGAUGACGGAGUGAUGCCACAAACACUAGAAGCCAUGUCACAUGCUAAAGCUGCCAAAGUUCCAAUUGUAGUUGCUAUAAAUAAAUGUGACAAGCCUGGUGCUAACCCAGAAAGAGUUAAAGUACAGCUUGCCUCGGAGGGUUUGGCUUUAGAAGAGAUGGGUGGGGAUAUUCAGGUGAUUGAAGUAUCUGCAACAACAAAAACUGGGCUGGACACUUUAGAGGAGGCUUUGCUUCUCCAGGCUGAGAUGAUGGAACUGAAAGCACGUGUGGAUGGACCCGCUCAAGCCUAUGUGGUGGAAGCAAGGCUUGAUAAAGGCCGUGGUCCACUGGCCACUGCUAUAAUCAAGGCAGGAACAUUAGUUUGUGGUCAUUAUGUAGUGGUGGGUGUAGAAUGGGGUCGUAUAAGAGCUAUCAGGGAUAUGCUAGGGAAGUUAACAGAGAAAGCAAACCCUGCUAUGCCCGUCGAGAUUGAGGGACUGAAAGGUCUGCCAAUGGCUGGUGAUGAUAUUGUUGUUGUAGAGUCUGAGGAGAGAGCAAAGAUGCUUAGUGCUGGAAGGAAGAAACAGCUAGAGAGAGACCGGCUUCUGAAGAUUGAACAGGAGAGGUUGAAAAUUGCUUUGCCCUCUGAAGAGGAACCCGAAACAGUUGAAAAAGUUGAAUUGCCUAUCAUAGUAAAAGCAGAUGUCCAGGGAACUGUUCAAGCUGUUACAGAUUCGUUGAGAAGUUUGACUAGCCCUCAGGUCUUUGUGAAUGUGGUUCAUGUUGGAGUCGGCCCAAUAUCACAAUCUGAUCUGGACUUAGCUAAAGCUUGUGGAGCUUGUAUUAUUGGGUUCAAUAUUCGUAGUCCACCUAAUUCCAUCAAUCAAGAAGCCGAAAGAGCCAAGAUAAAGAUAGUACUGCAUCGCGUGAUCUACCACCUCCUGAACGACAUUGGUGCUUUGAUAGUAGAGAAAGCCCCAGGAACACCUGAGAUACAGGUGGCUGGGGAAGCACAAGUGCUUGAUAUUUUUGAGAUCACUGGUAGAAGCAAGGCCAAAGGGGCUGAUGUUAAGAUCGCGGGCUGUAAGGUGGUAACAGGUCACAUAGCUAAGUCUUCGACUAUGAGGCUUUUAAGAAGUGGAGAAGUUGUUUUUGAGGGAUCUUGUGCAUCCCUCAAGCACGAAAAGCAAGAUGUGGACAUGGUUAUCAAGGGAAAAGAAUGUGGUGUUGUGAUUCAAGAUUGUUUUGAUUUUCAGAUUGGCGAUGUUGUCCAAUGCUUGGAGGAAAUCAGACGGAAGCCCAAGUUCAUAUCAUCAGAUAAUGGGGUUGUUCGAAUUGAGUGCUGAUUAUAAGAUAGCUAAAUGGAGAACAAAGACACAAACAGAAGCCCGAUUUUCUAUACCUAGAAUAAAUUAGAUUGUUACCUGGGGAAUUUUUUGCCCACUUAUAGUUUCUGUUUGUUUAUUGGGCAUUCAUACAUCAAAGUUUGAUGUAAUAGGGGUGAUUAGGAAUUUUGACAUCAAUAGUUUGGAAAAUGUUAUUUAAAUCAACUGUAUAUAGGAGAACACCCUAUGUCUUGUAAGUUGUAGCUCUUCCAAUAUUGGAUUUUUGGCCACGAAUUAAUUAGUUUAUGUUAUCAAGCGCAUCAGUGCCUGAUUGUUAUCAGAGUUUGGAGGAAGACUGAAUACAGAUUUGUUGUAGUCAGAUAAUCGACGAUUUGUUA